UAUCCCAAAAGUGCACUUUAGAGUUUCUGAAAGUAAAAUAGAAGAGAAAACGUUCAGCUGUCAGGGCUCCGUCGUGUGGAAACAGCUCUCAGUUUGUGUUCAGGAGACACAUGCCUGCUCUAGUUUUAACCCGUUUUGCCCCACUGGCAACAAUUGUUGCCAAAGUUUAUCACUGUCAUUUUCGACUCACAAUAAAAAAUCUCAAAGGUACUAAUGCAACUUUUUCCACUUAUAUGCUAGUAGACAACUUAGACAAAGGUUUUGAUUUUUAAAAAAUCGUUUCCAAGUGCUUCCUAUCGCAUGACAUCAUCUGCUUCCCGCUCUUUCUGGCUGAAGACAUGGCGGAUGCAAAUCAUCCUGGAAAGAGGUACACCGUAGCAGAGAUCCUGGCCAUGCUGCAGGACUCUGAAACUGUGGCGGACAUCACAGUUGUGCCUGAGUCAGAAAUGCACGCACAUGACACAGACUGUGACAGUGACCAAUCUGAUGAUGAGGCCACUGGUGACCAUAACCGCCUCCCAUCAAGAAUACUCAAAGGUGAAGGCUUUCUACCUAAUUCGGACAUGCAGCUGCCAAAUCCCCCCGAUGAUGAUCCUGGGUGCUCAUCCUCAGUGAGUCAGACAGAGACUAGAAAGGUCAGUGGCACAAAUGAAAAGGUGACCAGUCAGAUUGUUGGGCCCAUGCUCCACAAAACUAAGAACCAAGACAGGAAAUUCAAAAAAAUCAAAAUUGCGGCCAAAGCACCAGCACAAGCCAACAAAAAAUAUCAGAUCCCUCGCUAUGUCCCCAAAGAACAUGAUCCUGGCUUCACAUCAGAUGAUCCAGUGGAUAUCUUCCUCACAUUUUAUCCCAAGUCCCUCAGAGAUGUCACACUGGAAAUGUCCAAUCUCUACGCUGAACAAAAAGGGAAAACGCUCAACCUGACUGAGGAUGAACUUCUUACAUUCUACGGUAUUCUGUUGAUCAGUGGAUACAACACAGUCCCAAGGCGGCGUCUUCUCUGGUCAGACGAUUGUGAUGUCAGCAACAAUGCUGUAAAAGAUGCCAUGCGGAGGAACAGGUUUGAUGAAAUUAUGUCUUCUGUUCAUUUAGUAGACAACAUGAAGAUCACAGCUGACCCGUUCUUCAAGGUGCGUCCCCUUUUUAAGCAUCUAAAUGACAUCAACAACGCAAUCCCGAUAGCAGAACAUGUGGCAGUAGAUGAGAUGAUGAUUGAGUAUUUUGGAAGGCAUGGGUGCAAACAGUUUAUUAGAGGGAAGCCUAUUCGUUUUGGGUAUAAAAUAUGGAGCUUAGCAUCCUCCUCCGGGUUUGUCCAUCAGAUGGAGCCAUAUGUAGGAAGCCACACACAUCUGGUGGAAACUGGACUUGGUCAGGGUCCAAGUGUGGUUCUUGGCCUGGCAGAGAAAUCUGAAGUGCCACCUGGAGUCAAGUUUUACCACGACAACCUCUUCACAACCCUGUCCCUGGUGGAUGAGAUGACCCUGAGAGGCUAUGGCAGCUGUGGCACGAUGCGACAAACUCAGCUCCAUAACGUUCCCUUCACAGCACCCCAGACCUUCAAGAAGACACCCAGAGGAGAUGCUGAGUAUCUGGUUGAGGCAGAGAAGCUGAUUGUAAGGUGGAAUGACAACAGCGUGGUCACCGUGGUGUCGAACAUGGAGAGGGAGUUCACCGAAACUGAGGCGAAGAGAUGGAAUAAACAGAAGCGGACUAUGGACAAGGUCAGACAGCCCAAGUGUAUCCAGGACUACAACACACACAUGGGAGGAGUGGACCUGCAUGACCAGUUUGUCAGCCGCUACAGAGUCAACAUCCGGUCCAAGAAGUGGUGGUGGCCAUGCUUCAGCUGGGCCCUGAACAGUGCCAUGGUGAACAGCUGGUGCUAUUACAGGUCCUGGAAAAGCGGGGAGAAUGAUCUCCUCUCCUUCCAGAGGCUGGUAGCCCAGACCCUCCUCCUGCGCCAUGGAACAAAGCCAAGUAGGCAGGGCAGAAGAUCUUCAAUGGCGGUGGCGAUAACUGAUGCCACCAGGUUUGAUAAUUUGAACCACUGGCCCUGCAACACUGGUAGCAGGUACAAGCGAUGCAAGAACUGCGGCGGACGCACAUCAUUUGCGUGUGGAAAGUGUGAUGUGCCACUACAUGUGGAGUGCUUCAAGAAGUACCACACUGAGUAGAACAUGCAUGAAAGAUGAUGGAAUGUAUGGGAAGAAAUAUGUUAUAUAUGUAUAUAUGUUUUUAGAGGUUCUAAGAAAAAAAUGUUUGUUGAGUUUUUGAGUAUAAAAAAAUUGAGAAUAAAGAAAUCAGUUCAAAUUGUUUGAUGUUUUGAAUUUUAUACAGGGGGAACCUGAGGCUCCACCUUUUUGUUAUUAUUUAUUAUGACUAUAUUAUUAUUUUGUUCUUAUUAUAUUAUUAUUAUUACUUCUCUAUUAUUAUUAUUAGGUGACAUUUGACCUAGUGACAAGCUGUGUGACUACUGGCAACAAUUGUUGCCAGUCAUAAAAAUGCUAUUUUCUUCAAAAAAAAGUACAAAAUGGAAAAAAUAAAUACAUAACAUGAUUCAGAGGGACUCAACUGAUAAAAUGAUAUGCCUUACAACUCUGAAAAAAAUCUGGGCACAAACGGGUUAAGAUUAGCCUUAAAACUUUGCUGUUUGAUGAAGCUUAUAGUGAGGACUGGAUGAGGUGAUCAUGAACCAUCACUUAGUUAUGCUGAUGAAGGCUUAGGCUCCUGGAGGACUUCCCAUGAUGCACUGAUUAUGUCUUUACUCCCCUCUUUUACUGCUUAAUCAUUUAUAAAUCAUCACUGCAUUUUGUCUUUUCUCUUUUAACACUAAUGUGCAAUAAUCUUUUCUGGCAUCGUUGUAUUUUUACUGAGUUGUAUAUAGCAUUGUAUUCUAUUUUUAUCUUAUUGCAUAUUUUAUUCUACUGUAUAUAGUAUUUUAUUUUAUUCUAUUCUGUACAGUUGUGUACUGUAUUUAUUCUUAUUUUAUUUUAUUCUAAUAUUGCUUCAUAACUUUUGCACUGUCCAC